AUGUUUCAAGACUUGCCUAAAUUACAGCACUUGCAAAUUCGUAACUAUUUCCGAGAGCCUGAGAAGCAAAAACAAUUUAGAAAUAGAUUUAAGGGCAGUUUAAAGCCACUGAGAACCUCGCCUAAGUUAGAAGAAUUACAUAUUAAUAAUACUGAUAUUAGUAGUGGUUUGGAAUACUUGCCGGAAAAUGUGGAGUUAGUGAUUUAUUGUAGUGCAAAAUUGCGACCAGAAUCUCUUUGUAAAGAACUGCUAAAAGAACUAGCGCCUUACGAAAAAGAGGAGUCUUUGCCUAAUAAAGAGCAGUUAGAAGAGUUGUAUAUGCAAAAGAGCAUAAAAUUUUCUGAUGAAAGCACAUCAGAACUAGAUUUCUUAAAAGACUUUAAAGGACUGGUGGAAUUGAACAUUGAAUACUGUCCUUUUGAAGGAAGUUUAAAGCAUUUAAGUGAACUAAAAAAUUUAAAGAGAAUUUACAUUAGCCAUACUGACCUGAGGGAAGGAAUAGAAGAUUUGCCAGAAAGUUGUAAAGAAAUCUAUUGUGAUUUUCAUUACAAAUCUAAACACAAGUCGAUAAAGAUUGCUAAAGAACUUGAAAGAUUAUAUGUUAUUCGAGUGCGAAAAAGACCACGAAUAACAGAAAAUUCCUCAGAACUAGGUGGUGGUUUACUAUUGGUGGGCCAAUCAGACACCGAAGACCCUAACUCUCAACUUUAUACUCAGACUGGAGGGGUAAUUGCCAUUGCCGCUCCCUUUAUUGAAACGCUUACUUCCUAUGUAAAUGAGCAAGUCUAUGAUGAUAAACAAAGGAGAUGGGAUGAAUUUGAGAGGGAUGUGGAAAAUCUUUGGGACAACUUUUAUGAAUUAAUCGGAAUAAUUGAACCUGUCAAGGAUUCUUUUCAAGGAAAAGCCAAAGUAGACAAGGCCCUUUCAGAUUUAUAG